UGUAGCUUGCUGGGCCAGUGGAAGCGGAGACGUCGGCGGAGGAGGACGCGCGGCCUGUUGCCGCGGAGGGGGAAGCAGGGGGAUCAUGUGGGCGGCCUGCUGCAACUGGUUUUGCCUGAACGGACAGCCGGAGGACCUGCCCCAUCGGCCGCAAGCGGGGUCCCGGGCGUACGCCAACGCCGGCUACAGUGCCUUCCCCUCUCCCACCGGUUUGGAGCAGAGUUGCCGAGCCUGCCGGGUGCGUUUCCAGAGUGCCUCUCUUAAGUGCAUAUGCUUGGACUGCAAAAACAUCUUCUGCCCUGCCUGUUCGUACCAGCCCGAAGGCGGGCCCUGCCUCUGUUGCCUCUGUGAGCGGUUCCGCGCCACAGGCUUCCGGCGGGAGGAGCUGCUGAAAAUGAAGGUGAAGGACUUGAGGGACUACCUCGAACUCCGGGGGAUCUCCACAGCCCUGUGCCGCGAGAAGGACGAGCUGGUGGGUCUGAUCCUUGGCCAGCAGCCGCCGACCACCCCUCAAGGGGACCGGACGCCUCGGGUCCCUCCGAUGACCACCGCUCUCAACGCUCAGGACCAGCCUGUGCCCACCUCGCCAGAGUGUGUUCCUCCUGAGCAGCCCUCGACGGAUCUUGCCGCGCAGCCCGACGAGGAACCACAGGCAAAUGGGCCUGUGUUGCCAAACCGGGACAUGGCGGACAUCGAGAACGCAGGGGAGAACGUGACAGAGGACGAGACGCAGUCCAUCGACUUGGAGGACAACCUGGUUGCCGUGCGGAGGGCCUCCCUGUCCGACCUCACCAGCGUCCGAGACAUCGGCGCCCUCUCAGUGCGGCAGCUGAAGGAGAUCCUGGCCCGUAACUUCGUCAACUAUAAGGGCUGUUGCGAAAAGUGGGAGCUGAUGGAGCGAGUGACCCGCCUUUACAAAGAGAAGGACCUCCAGCAGCUCGUUACCGAUACAGACGACCAACCCGCGCCGUCCGGCAACACCUCGCUCCCGGGCUCAGAAGAGAAUCUCUGCAAGAUCUGCAUGGACUCGGUCAUCGACUGUGUCCUGCUGGAAUGCGGCCACAUGGUCACCUGCACCAAGUGCGGGAAGCGCAUGAACGAAUGCCCCAUCUGCCGACAGUACGUGAUCAGGGCGGUCCAUGUCUUCAGGACUUAAUGGAGCGAUGGUGGUCUUUGAAGAUGCAUCCACUGCGGUGAGACAGCCCUGGCUAGCUAGCUGCCAUUCCCAAGAAGCUCUUGAGCCGCCGGCGAGAGGUGGGAUGGAGAUUCUGGCGGGGAUCUGGCUGGGUCCCCUGCCUUAUGACCGUGCAUUAUACCGCAGUGCCUGGAAAGCAGGGAGUCCUCCGCAGACCGACAAGCCUUUCCUUGCCUUGUUUGCGAUGGGGCAGAAAAGACGCUCUCUGCCUUGCCCAGACAUGGAGAGUUUCUUCUCCUCUGCAGUGAAUAAAACCAAGUCUAUAGAGGAAGAGAGAAUCGCUGCUAUCUACGUCCUUCCUCUAGCGGAUGGGGGCUCUUGAAACGCCCCGCCUCUGAAACGCGUUCGGAGUAUUCAGCUGUUGUUUUUUACCUCUUUGGUUUCUCAGUUCGUCUUGCGGGUCAAGCUGAAGGUUGUUCUGUUGGCUACCAGGGGUGCCUCUUGAGAUUAGGCCGCUAAGGUCAGGACGGCUGUGGAGGAAAAGGCCAUUCUGACACCCACAGGGCGGAGGGUGAGGUGGGAAUCUGCAAAUGUGAAAGGAGAUUUUGAGUUGGAUUCGAGGCAGCCGCGCGGGGGGGGGUGGUGUCCCGGUGCCACUUUUCUUAGUUUUAGAUUUUAAAAAAAUUGUUUGGGUAACUCUUGACAUGUAGAAGGUUCAGUAACUUUUGAGAGGUCUCCAGUAACCUGGUCUGGAUUUUCCUUGUGCCGCUCGAUUUGAGGAAAAUGGAGAGAGCAGGCUUGGGAACUCAUGCAAUUCCCAAAGGUUGCUUAGUGAUGACGGGUCAGAAUCUGUCUUUCGGUUCACGAGUCCAUUCAUUUGAUUGUUCUGGGAUCUCUUGGUAUCUGGUGACUUUCCACUAAGAUCUCUCCUAACAGGAAGAACAAACCAUCCCUUGGCCAUAGACUGUGUACUAGUCUGCUAUAAACAGACUAAUGAGACAGUGUCUAUUUUACUCUGGUCGAUGGGGUCACAAAGAGUUGGACACGACUUAACAACUAUUUUGCCUUAACAUGCCAAAGUUUGACUUGGUUGAGAAUGAAAGUCUGUCUGGCAUACACUGAGGUACAGUCAAAGUUGGAGGCCCGUGGUUGGACAGAGGACUGAAUCCGCCAGUGGUGGGCAAGGUGUGGAGGGGAUUCUGCCUAUUAUCCACAAAGAUCAGCCAUUCCCUUUGGCCAUCAGACUACAGUUGAGAUAUUCCUGUGGAGGAAGGGGUCUCAGGAUGAGGCCAACAUUCACAAGAGGACCCGAUUCAACUGUAGAGGAAAUGUGAUGGAGCCCACGCCUGCCAAGAGGAGAAUGUCCGCCUUGUGUGUCAUAGUGUAGAACACAAGCGAGGGGGGUCAUCUGAGGAAGGGGAGGCUCUUCAACCCAGGAUACCUCCCUGCUGGUGCCAGAACCCCGAUUCUGAGGGAGGUUGGUUCUCAUGGCGGUGACCAAGCUUCCCUGGACGUAGGUGACCACAUUUCUGCUUUCAACGUGAUGCUGGAGCAGGUGAGAUGAGCCCCUUCUCCCCGGCCUGUGUAGACUCCCUGUGCUUUCUUCACAGCCGAGCAAGGGCUAAGAGGAGGGAAUAAACUCCUCCUUGACAAAGACGGAGGAAUGAAGUGGGGGAGCUGGGCUGCCUUAUUCACCCGUCUCUCAGGGACAGGCUGAGAGAUGCUCAUUUCUCUUAUCCUGUCCCGUGUGGUUCAAAAAACUUGAAACGUCAGGGUACUUUCUAAUCAGCUGCUUCUUUCACACUCGUGUCUUAAUUAUCAGCUAGACUUGGUGGCCGUCUCGGCCACACGGCCUCUCUUUCUUCAAUUACUAAAUGCCUUGCACCUUUUCAGGCUUUCGCUUGCCUUAAAACUUUUUAGAGUUAGUGUUUUGUGUAUGGUAUGAGCAGCUCAGGUGGCGCAUCGGACCAGGUGAGGAGCACACUGUGGCAUGGGUCCUAGAGAUUGCAAAGACGUUGGCCACAUCCUCACUGUGGUAGCCAGCGCCCACCCCAAAAGCACAGUCAUACGUAGGAAACUGUGAAUUCCAGAGGUACCUGCUGGAAAGCCUUUCUAGAAAUUUACAAUAUUGCAACCCCCCGUUAGUAUUUCCAAAGAACCAGGGUUUAGAUGACACUGUGGGCAUGUAGUAGCCCAGGUUCCCUGCCCAACGGGGUCUCCCUUGGGGUAGAACCAACCUUCCCUAAUCCUGGUUUCUCAGCAACCUCGGUUUCUGUUUGCUUGAAGUUAUCAGCUGUCUGUGCUGGUUUGUAAACACUUUUUUAAAAAAUCUCCUUGCCUUUUGUAGGAAAGGCUUUUAGUCCUCCUUAGAGGAGAAUAAUCUGCACAGAAAUGCCUUUUUAAAGCAGUCUUGCCCAGACAGGUGAUCUCCCAAGGUGUAUUAGAGGCGGGCUUGUUGAACCGUUCAUUGGGUCUGGCCCACCCCGAUAGGUCCUGCCCUGCCUGGUUCAAUGUCACCAGAACCGUCCAACCUCGUUCUGGAGUGAAAUCUGGAAAAUAAGCCAGACUAUAGAGCAAGAGGACAGCAAAGGCGAUCUUUUUCGUUUGUUUCCUCUCUUGCUCCAUAAGAAGUCACAAGAUGUCACCCAUUAAUAGAUCUCAUAAUUAAGACUCCACCUUCUUUCAUGGUGAAGUGGUGGGUGACCCAGAGGCGCUUGCGAAGCAAAACAUAUGAACAAAGAGAUACUGGUUCCUUGACAGAGAGGGAACUGCUGUUGCAUUUAAGCUUCAGAUGAUAAUUUUUCCCGAUCCCCCCCCCGCCGUCCCUUUUAAAAAUACGUAGCAAUAUAUGUUUGUGGGAGUAACUACAGUCUGUGAGGAUCUGUGUGGUUCAAGCAGCCCUCUUCAUACAAGUUCUUGCUUUCUAAUUUUAUAAUAAAAUGCAAAUGUGUCCUAAAUCCAGCUCU